CAAACCGCCUUUAAUUCCGAUCUGACGUGGCAAGUUGUAUCGGCGGCGGGCCGCGCGGACCACGCGGACGCACGUGCUCGACGCUGGAUCGUAGAGGGCCCUUGGCGGUGAGCAGGAGCCGCGAUGAUGUGAGGAGGGGCGGGCGGUGGGUGGCGGAGACGGAAAGAGGGAGAGGACCAUGUCGCUUUGGAUUGGUGGUGGUGAGAGACUGGGGGGGAGGUCGGGGUCGGGGUCGGGGAGGAGGGGGCGGUGCAGGCUGCAGCACCAGUGGAUGGAACGGCGGGACGGUUCUGGGCGAUUGGGUGCAGGGACGGGAGGCGGGCCGGAUGCGGCAAGCGGUGCGGCACGGUUGCCAAUGGGUUGGCGAUUGGGGCCGGAAGGCGGCGACGGCGUCGUCAGUCAUCGACGUCGAGGGGCGUGGCGGGCUGCUGACCAACCAGUCAACAGACCAAGGAAGAACAAGGUCCAGCCGGGGCCCUGGCGGUGGGAACGAGUUGAGCCGGGGGCGGAGGUCAAAAGGGUGGAGAGAAGGGAGCGAGGCGCGUCAUCACCAAGAAUAGAAGCGGAUAUCAAUAGCCAGGUCCCCAGGCAGGCAGCGAGAGAUCAAAGGCAGGCAGGCAGGCAGGCAGCAAAGCAAAGCAAAGUAAAGCAAAGCAAAGCAAAGCAAGGCAAGGCAAGGCAAGGCAAGGCAAGCAGCAUCCGGGGACGUCGGAUAGAUGCACACAAUAUGCGAUGAGUCGAUAAGAUUGAUUAGUGAUAGCUUACCUACGGCUGGCCCCGACGCUCGCUCGCUC